ACCACUUUCAUUCAGCUGCAGCAGAAGGCUGAAAGGAGAGAGAGGGGCCGCUUCACCUCCCAACUUGCAAGUAAGAGCAUAUUUACAAUUACAAGCAGUGAUGGAUAUCGCCGAAUAUAGAAGACGAGGCAAAGAAAUGGUGGACUAUAUUGCUGAUUACCUGGAGAGCAUUGAAAACCGAGAUGUCUACCCUAAUGUAGAACCAGGCUACCUACGGAAGCUCAUCCCAGAGUUGGCGCCAGAAGAACCUGAAACAUAUGAAGAAAUUAUGAAGGAUGUUGAACGCAUCAUCAUGCCCGGAGUGACUCAUUGGCACAGUCCCUACUUCUACGCUUAUUUCCCUGCAGCCAGUUCUUUUCCUGGAAUGCUUGCUGACAUGUUGUGCUGUGCAAUUGGCUGCAUUGGAUUUUCUUGGGCUGCAAGUCCGGCCUGCACUGAAAUGGAGACGGUAAUGCUUGACUGGCUGGGUAAGAUGCUGAACCUACCAGAGGAAUUUUUGGCUGGAACCAAAGGACAGGGUGGAGGCGUGAUCCAGGGCACCGCUAGUGAAGCCACACUUGUUUCCCUGCUGGGUGCAAGGAGUAAGGCGCUGAAGAGAUUAAAGGCUGAACAUCCAUCUCUGAGUGAGGCAGAAAUCCUCAACAAGCUGGUAGCCUACACGUCAGAACAGGCGCACUCCUCUGUGGAAAGGGCUGGACUGAUUGGUGGGGUGCAAAUGAAGAAACUCCCAACAGAUGAAAAAUUUGCAGUUCAAGCUUCAGCUCUCAUGGAAGCCAUUAAAACCGACAAAGCAGCAGGACUAAUACCCUUCUAUUUCUGUGCGACACUGGGAACAACACCAUCAUGUGCCUUUGAUAACUUACUGGAAACUGGACCCAUCUGUAACUCAGAACACAUAUGGAUGCAUAUUGAUGCUGCCUAUGCCGGAAGUGCAUUUAUCUGCCCUGAAUUUAGACCGCUACUAAAUGGAGUUGAGUUUGCAGAUUCUUUUAAUUUUAACCCUCAUAAAUGGCUUUUGGUGAACUUUGACUGCUCAGCUAUGUGGGUGAAGAAGCGAACAGACAUAAUUGGGGCUUUCAAAAUGGAUCCAUUAUACCUACAGCAUGAUCAUCAAGAGUCAGGACUUGUUACAGACUAUCGGCACUGGCAGAUCCCUUUGGGUCGAAGAUUUCGCUCUCUGAAGCUAUGGUUUGUGUUCCGGAUUUAUGGGAAAAAAGGUCUUCAAGAGCACAUUCGAAAGCAAGUGAAGUUGGCACACGAGUUUGAAAACCUCGUUCUUCAAGAUGACCGCUUUGAAAUCUGUGCUGAAGUCAUCAUGGGACUAGUAUGCUUCCGGCUAAAGGGGUCCAAUGAGCUAAAUGAAAACCUCUUGAAAAUGAUCAACAUUUCCAGGAAGAUCCACCUGGUGCCAUGCCACCUUGCGGGUGCCUUUGUCCUCCGUUUAGCUGUUUGUGCCAGGACAACAGACUCCAAACAUAUUCAUUUAGCUUGGAAGACCAUUUCUGAGAUGGCUACUGAACUGCUGGGGAAACAGCCACAGUAAGGGCUGUGUGGGAGGCACUGUGUGCUUGUCUUUCAUCUUCAUUUGUAUUUAUGACCUUGCAAGAGGGGAGGGGGUGGUCACUCCAAAGUUAAUGCCACACACUAUUUUCUUAUUUGUACAUCACUUAUAACAAAAUGUUAUUUUCCCCAAAAUUAACUUCACUCUUAGUUUUCACUCUUGUGCCCACCUUGAAUUCAAAUUUAGUACCUUUCUCGAGAUCUAUUGCGGCCUUGCUACCAGUGUGAGGGCUAUAUAUACUGCUCGAGAAAAUUAAGGGAACACUUAAUCAUCACAGUCUAACACUAAGCCAGUUUAGCUUCGUAGAUUUCAUUCUGUCCAGUUAGGAAGCACAAGCAAUUGUGAAUCAACUUUACCUGCUUUGGUACAAAUGAAAGUGACAACAGGAGCACUGGAGAGGCAACAACAAAACAACCCCUAAAAUGGAAUGGUAGCCCCAGAGAAUUGCUUUUCCUUAUCCUUCCUGACUGAUUCUUCUCUAGUUUAGAGUUUUUCUAGUGUCCUUAUCACUACUACAGUAGUAGCAUGAGGCCAAGUCAGUUUGCACAGGUAGUCCAGCUCCUCCAGGAUCCUGACUGCUGAUGAAAUCCUCAGAGCCAAUGUCAGACAUUGCUCUGGUGCAAGAUAAUACGUAGCCGCUUGUGGCCAGAGUGUGUAGGCAGUUCCUGGAUGACAAAGACAUUGAUACCGUUGAUUGGCCCACGAGUCUCUCAGCUCUCCGCGUGUAACAGCCCGUCUCCUGGUAUCUCCUCCAUGCCUUUGAGACUGUGCUGGGAGACACUACAAACCAUCUUGUGACAACACAUAUGGAUGUGCCAUCCUGGAGGUGCUAGACUAACUGUGCACCCUGCAAACACUGUAUGUAGUGACAAAGCAAAACGCAAAGAAUCAGUCAGGAAGGGUGAGGAGAAAGCAAUUAUCUGUGGCCAUCAUUCCUCUUUUGGUGGGGUUAGGGGUCUCCUGCUGUUGCCUCUCCAGUGUAUCUGUUGUCAUUUUCAUUUGCACAAAUGCAGGUGAAAUUGAUUUAGAAUUGCCUCUGCUUCCUCAAUGGACAGAUUGAUAUCCCUGCAGCUUCAUUGACUUGGUGUUAGACUGUGAUGAUUAAAUGCUACCUUGAUUCUCUCUCUUUUUUUUUUAGUAUUGUAGAUUAGUAGAAGUGUACAUUUUUCUUGAUGACCAACCCUGCAAUUGGUGGUACAGACCUCGCUCCUCUCCUGUGAACAUUUCUAGUGCGAUCGAUUAGAACUUGGUUAUGACAUUCUUGUUCCCCUUUUAUGGCUUUAGCAGUCAAGAUGAGGAGGAAUUACCAUACACCACAGGACAGAAAAAGGUUUUAAAAUGUAGGUCUAGGUGGCACAUUGAUUAUUCCUGUUGUCUGACUGAUCCAGUCUCCAGCUUUUAAUCUUGCUCUUGUGAACUUUGCACUUUCUGCCCAUGUGUGUGUAGGUUUUGCUUAGAAUACAGUGACUUUCUUUCCACUUACAAAAACUGACAGGUUUGGCUGAAUGGUAACUCUAAAUUGGCCUUGUGUCUAUGAUCGGGCCUUCUUAUGGACUGGUAUCCUGUCCAGGGUUAGUGCUACUAUGAUAAGCUCCAGAUUCAGCCAGCGCAGAAUUAGAUGAAUUGGGUUUGCAGAUGUGAACAUUAUGUUUGUUGUCUUCCUCCUUUGUUCAACCUCCCAAUUGCUAAUAUGCCAUCAGGUUUAAUAUCCUCUGAAGUUCCUGGUUGCAUUAACUCCCUUUGGUGUUCCCAUUGGAAAGAUGUUAAGAAUGUUGCUAAAAAAUGACCACAAUACACUAGAGGGCAGUAGCACCAAUCUAUCUAAUUUCUCAUUAGGGUGCCUUGAUGCAUUCUGGGUAAAACUGUGAUUUUUAUAUUUGUGUAUUUUGCUUACUUGUUAUUUCUCAUUGUGAGAUUUCCUUCUUAAACUCUGGUUUUCCUCUCACAUCCCCAGGAGCCCAGCAAUAUCUACCAUUAAUUAAUUUUUGAGCUAUGAUGAAAUGACUCAUCCCAUUCUAAAGCUUGCUCCUACUGUAGCUGGCCUGAUACAGCAAGUGAAGAUAAGCUAUCUGAGCACCUACAAAAAUGCAGCGCCCCCCACAUUUCGCCCCCGGUAAAUUUCACACAACUCCCCCCCUCCCCGCCCCAUUUUGCCCCGGUAUUUUUACCCAACAUUGAAAAUAAAAAAAAGUUCACUCAGGUAGUGUUCUUAUAUGACUCGCAGAUCAAUGUGUUCCACUGAAAAUAGUAUGCGUGAUUGCCUCCAUAAAAGAUGAAUAUUAUACUUAAAAUUUGAUCCGUGUUAUGUGAUAUAGUAUUGUACCAUUGUACUAGAUUUUGCACUUUUUUUUUGCCAGCACUACGGCCAUUUCAAGACAUGCGUUUACGGUUUUCACCACCUGAUUAUUGGUGGGGCAUGGCCAUGUUGAAGAAUCGUAAACCCCUCGCAGACAGCACAAUAUCAAAACUGUUGCGUCAUCACUCACCACAUCAUGUAUUACUUUCUCACUGAAAGUGUUAUUUUUGCAUUGUGACUAAACCUUAAAAUCGACUUUAUAAAAUUUCUCUUAUGUCAGAAUGAAUUUCAUCAAUUAGAGGUAAAAGAAAAUUGAUAGAUGAUGAUAACCACAUUUACGUAUUUUCAAAGAAAACAGUCGAUGAACAACAUGGAAUCUGGGUCUGUGAAAAACGUUCCAUCUGCAAAGGAUGUUUUGAACAGUCAGUUUGGAAGGCCCAGUUGUAACUAAGCAUAAUCAUGCAGCUCAAGCUGCAAGACUGAAAUAAAAAUGUAUAUAUGUUUCAUUUAAGUGAGGCACUAUUGCUAACUUUUUUUUAUCAUUUUGCUACAAAAAUGUUUAAAUUAGGAAAGUCAGUUUUGAACGCUGAGAACGAUUAUUCACUUCAUUAUUUCUAGAAACUUCCAACACUCAAAACGUCUGGGUGUGGGUAUUAGAAGUUACUGGGGUGGGGGAGAAAUAUCAUGGGGGCAAAAUGUGAGAGGCAAAAUUUCCGUAAACCCAAAAUGCUACUCCUUUGCUUUAGGUUAAUUGGAGAUUCUGAAUUGGCCUGUGUGUGUGUAUGUGUGUAUGUAGGUGGACUGAUCUCCUAAUUGCUACUGGGAGAGGCUUCAGCCCCCUUACAUUACAUGUCAUGUUAUUUCAUUAAUUUUGGAGUGACCCUUCUAUAUACUGUAUGUACAAGUAUAUCUAUGUGUAUGUAUGAGUGUACUGGAAAAGUACCUAAAAACCCACAUUGUAAAAUGGUACAGGGCCAGCAUAUUCAGAUAUUUGGUAAGCGAUGUAAACUUUCUGUUGCUCUCAAUCCCCUGCCACCACCCCUUGCACCCCAAACCCCACCCACACCCCUGUAACAAGAUUCACUAAUGCGCAGUUAUGGAAAAACUUCCAUUCUGUAGACUUCAUAAAAUGAAACAACACACUUUGAUGUGCAACGUGAUCAGAUCUUCAUGGGGUGCCAGCCAGACAUCCCUUGCUAAAAUGUGAUUGGGAUUGCACCAAGAGGCUGGAGUAACAGUGGGAGUUUGGGACCUACCCGUUACUUGUUUCAGAACCAUUUUUGGGACGGCACUGAGAUCCAAACGCUCGUAUUGAUACCAAAGUCAAGUACUGACCCAACACUAGUCUGUAAAUGUAUGUAUAUGUAUAUAUAUAUAUAUAUAUAUAUAUAUACACACACCGAUUAUAGAAAGUGCAUUUAAAAAUGAAACAAACUUGGUGCGCAGCUAGGAGGACAACUGUGGCAAUACGAAUGGUCCCUUGAUGGCGGUAGAGGUUGCCGUGGCUAUUUUUUGCAUGUCUGUGUCAGGUUAUUAUACAGUACAUGUUAAUAAACCUGGAUGGGAAAACAACACAAAGAAAAUCGAAAGAUUUAGCAAAGAUAAAGAAAGAAGACAACACCGGUGAAGUGAUUUCCAUCAGAAGGUUCAGCAAAUCUCAAGGAACAACUAACAGGAAAAAUAAAACAGAAAUAAAAAACCAAAGGUGUAGAAUGGCACAGUAUUCAAGAGGCAUUGCCGAUGUGGCUGGCAAUUUAAAACGGUAAAGAUGAACAGAAAGUCCAGGAGUCCUCGAUAAUCAAUGCUCUGUGGAAAGAGCAAAACAUUUGUGGGUAAUGAAGGGAAGUGUAAUGCCAUGAAGGGAUAAAAAUAGAGAAAACACAAACAAGUAAAAUGGUGGGAGAUCUUAUGCUGGAUGUAUGUGGGAUGAUCCUGAGCCCUCAGAAGACGCAGAUGUUAACAACUCCAUUAUCGGUGAUCGAGCAAGGCCAGAGCUGCACAGCAAAACAGUGCAAAUAUACAAAGUGGAAGUGGAGCUUUAGGACUGGGAGAAGCACCAUGUGUCGCAACACAAAGGGAGAAGGAGAAAGUCCUGGAUCAAGAACAUGAUGACAAAUGCAGAGCCUUAAGUGGUGAGAUACUGUAUGAUGGGGAUCUGUGUCUGCAGCAGCAAGGAGUCGCAAGGAAAUGGAAAAUGCAGGUAAAGAAUGACAUAAGGACACAGCAAGUAUGACAGACAAGAGGAGCUCAUGAGGUUAUCUGUUAGCUUGGGUGUUCACUCCUGACUUGUAUUUUUUUCAGAUUCUAACAUUCCUUAUAUGAACAAGUGUUAUCAUAAAAAUGAUAAAGAUUAACGUGAGGUACAGUGAUUUAACAGGUGACGUUGAUAGGAAUAAUAAUAAAGGUGAUGGUGAUGGGAUACCAGGAGCCCCCAAAUUAUCCAUUGUAAAGGGAAUGGCAAAUAUAAGGAAUGUCAUAGCGUAAUAAUGGGUUUUAGUCUAAGUGUAGAACAUUAAAUGUCACUUAGUGUGACACAUUGUGUGCCAGAGGAUCAUGAGCAGCGAAUGAGAGGAUCAUGAGCAGCGAAUGAUCUCCAUCCAAACAGCCAGAACUAUGAGGACUCCAAAAACCGUUUGACAGGCUACCGUUAUCUGACUAGAAAUCUCAUCCUAGCCUGUGAACACUCCAUGGUCAUCUCCUCACUUUCCUCAGUCUGGCCUGCCUGGAUGGAAAUGGUCAUCCAUCAAUACAUGGCCAGCUAUAAAGAGUCUGUAACCCACAUGGCUCCUGUGUUCACAGAUGGUGUUCAUUACUACGUGUUGCCUCAGGAUAUUAAAAUUCCUGAUGAACUUUUAAUGUUAAAACUACAGCUUGGCAUGUGUCGUCUGAGUGAUCCUGUGCUUACACAGAGCUAGAGGUGCUCCUACGGGCCACCCUGUGACCAUUCCUGUUGUCACAAAUGUCCACGUCACUGAUUGCCAUGCAAAGUUUGGUUCGUUUUUAAUUUUAAUAUGUAUGUGUACAUGUGUUUUUGUCUAUAUACAGGUACCUGUAUUUGUAAUAUAUACAAAUGCCUAUAUAAAAAUGUACAUGGGGCACAUCUAUCUAUCUGUCUAUCCAUCUUAUCUCUCUAUCCAUUAUAUAUUUGCACUGUAUGUGUAUCUAUAUAGACAGGCACAUAGACAAACAUAUGUAAGCAGUUGUGGUGAAGUGCCAAUUAAUUGUGCUGCUAAAUAUUUUGCUUUAACUGAAAAGCCAAAAAAACUCUGUAUUUUAUUAGUGGGUUAAUGUCAGUUAUAAUCAUUAAUAUGAGAGGAAAUAUUUCUGUAAUAAUUACAAUGAUUGUACGGUGUCAAUUGUAAAUGAUAUUUUGACAGGAUUGUCAUCGGUCUAAAGAGAUGUGAAUUACAUUGUCAGUUUAUUUCAGACAUUAAAAAUCCUUUUGAUUCUG